GGAGGAGGAGCCGCUGCUUUCUGAGAACAGCUGCUGAUGAUGAACAUAUAAACAGAGCCGGUUGGACCGGUCCGGCACACUUCCAGAACCUCCGGAACCAUGAAGAUCCAGCUGAUCCUCUGCCUCCUGGCUCUCCUCUGCUCCCUGCGGUCCAGCUCUGCAGCUCCAGUCGGACCGGGCGAGAUACUUGAUGCCUGUUGCCAUGGCAACGGCAAGACGCAGAUUCCCAAAGGGAAAGUGAAGGAGAUGAAGAACUCUCCGAUUCACUGCAAAGUCAGAUCUGUCAUAGUCACCACUGAGAGCAACAAGAAGUUCUGCCUGGAUCCCAACUGGACCUGGACCCAGGUACUGCAGAGAGAGUUUAGGAAAGAAAAACGGCUCCACUGAGAUCUGGAUCUGGGUCGGAACCGAGUCUGCUGGAGCGGGAAGAACCGAUUGGAUGUUUUAACGACACACUGGACGUGUCGCUGAUAGUUCUCCAUUUUUACUGCUAAUUUAUGAUUUUAAUGAACGUUUGGCUUCUUGUUUUUUGUUCGUCUGCUAGUAAAACAUGCUCAGUAUUUAUUUUGAAACAAAAUAUUUACUUUGCUAACAAAAUAUAUUUUUGCUAUGACAGGGUAAUAACCUAAAUUAAUGCUGUUUAUUUUGAAUGUGUAACUUUACAAACAGGAACCAUUUUGUUUUAUACAGGUUAGUUCUGAACUCUAAUUUAUGGUUUUAGAGAAACUUUGGCUUCUUUUUACUUCUUGUUCAGUUUGUCAGCUGAAAACAUGUUGCUGAAAAACUACUCACUCAUUUCACAAUAAAAGCUUUACUU